UCCACCUCACUAAUUCUUCUCAUCACUGUUUCUGAUAUUUUUGUUUCUCCCUUUCAUCACCGUAGACUUUUUCGUGACUUUACCGACGUUUUAAACAAAGUUAGAUAACUAAAUAGAUAACCACAUGUUUUCCUCAAACAAUGACGUACAUUAACUACAUCUGCUCAACUUGGUCGAUCGCAGUCCUAGGACACGCGCUUUGUUCUCAUUAGAUCGAAAGAAAAGCUGUGAUCUUGGUGGUGGGUUCUACAUGUAUAAUCUUGGCCAUAAACAAUAUUUCCCUUCAAAAUCUUUUUUCCUUUUAAUAUAUGUUGUUGUUACUUUCUUCUUUGGUCUCUUCUUCCUCUACACACAAGUAUUUUCCGUUUAGAUUUCGGAGUAAGAAUAAAAUCUAGGUUUUAAACACUCGUCGAUCGUCUUCCUCUCUCGGUCAUGGAGGAACCUUGUGCGACACGUAACAACGGUGAAGCCUUUGAAAUACCUCGAUAUCGUAACUAUAACCACCUCAGCUCUAGAAUAUCCUCUUCCUGGUUAGAUUUGAGAGUGUUCUACGUCAGGAUAAGCAAUUUCAUGGUGGAAGAUUCAACCCCUGAAGUCCUUACCAUCAAUCACAUUCCUCUGGAUCCAGAUACCCUUUUGGAGAUAAACGGGGUUAGAAUGAGCAUGUACUCAGAAGGGUGUUCCUCACAGCUUAGGAGGGAUCGAGUUGAUAAGACAUCAGAAGAAGCUACUUAUGUCAGCACAGACAAUAUCAGGUUAAACGGUAGCGUUAAGUUUGAGGUUUGUGACAAAAAGGAGCUAGUCUUGUCUGGAGUCCUCGAGAUGUCUGAUGGUAACGGAUUCACUGGGGAAUCAAAGAGUCAGUGGAACAUGACUUGUGAAUCUGCGAUCACUGCAGGGUCUGGUUUCUUAAAGGAGAAGAGCAGAAACGGUCAAGAAUUGUUGCCAAUAUUGCCAACUAUAGAGGUCUAUGUCACUGGUUGCUUCUCAGGAACACCCAUCAUCUUAACCAAAACUCUACAGCCUGGUUCGAGAAAGAAGCAAAGUAGAAGAACGGCAUUGGGUUCAAUACCGGAGUAUGAAACUGCAGAGCCUCAGAAAAACACUUCCGCUGAGCUCCAUUAUCAGGCAAUAGAAUACACAAAUUACAAAGAGGAAUACGAAGGAGAUAUGUACUGGAAAAGUGACCAGUGCUUGGAUGGAGAGAUGUCAUGGUUUAAUGCAGGUGUAAGGGUUGGUGUUGGGAUUGGACUUGGCGUCUGUGUUGGUCUUGGGAUUGGUGUCGGUCUUCUCGUUCGUACAUAUAAAUCAACUACCAAAAACUUCAGGAAGAGGCUUCUCUAGUUUAAAUAAUAUACAUUUGCAGAUUUUUACCUUGAAAUUUUGAAUUAAUCCCUAUAUAUUUUAGUUGUUUGUAUUUUAGGUGUGGUUGUGAAUCAAACAUUUUAGUGUGGGAUUGUUGAUAUCUUUUUUUUUUGGUAAAAAUGUUAAGAGGGAUUGUUGAUAUCUGUUUUGAUGUAAAUAAACGAUUGAGAGUGUAGCUUUUGUA